UGUCUGAAGACUUAACGUGGUAGUCCCUUUGUCGACGGCCAGGAGGGAGGCGCGUGGUGGAGCUAUCUAGCGGGGGUUAUUAUUUACCUGCCUAACCUCGUGUCUUUUUUAUACUGGGGGUUGUCCAUAGGCAACAGCACACACAACGUCAUUUCGCAAGCCCUUUUGUGAGCGAUUUAUGUGAGUGCAUCGCUGGAUAAAUGUCAGAAUUGAAGGCUGCCAGUCCACAGCCACCACCGUGCAAGCGCCCCCGCCUGGAAACUGCUGUCAACGGGAGUACGGGUUGGCAUUAGAAGCUUUCUUGGGGCCCAUGGUGACUUAUUUUGCAGUUACAAGCACAAAAAAUGCUGGGAUAAGGUGAAAUGUACCGAAUGUAUGCGUGGAUGCGACUGCACUGGCUGGCUUGUAAACACUGGUGCUGAGGCCUCAUGUGGGACACGUCCCGGACGAAUCAUAACAUGGCUGCAAAUGGCUCUGGGCAGGACAUAGACGAGUCACUCUACUCACGCCAGCUCUAUGUUCUGGGUCAUGAUGCCAUGCGGCGGAUGGCAUCCUCUGAUGUCCUCAUAUCAGGACUAGGGGGACUCGGUGUAGAGAUUGCAAAGAAUGUGAUUUUGGGAGGUGUAAAAUCAGUAACUCUGCAUGACACUAGAGAAGCAAGUGGCACUGACCUCAGUACACAAUUUUUUCUAACUUCUUCCGAUGUUGGCACCAACCGUGCAACAGCAUGUCAACAGAAGUUGUCUGAACUCAACACAUAUGUCCCCAUCACAGUAUGCACCAGUCCCCUUACAGAUGAUAUCAUCAAGAACUAUAGUGUAGUAGUUCUUUCAGAUUCUACAUUGGAUGAGCAGUUACGUGUAUCAACAGUAUGUCAUGCAAAUGACAUUGCUUUCAUCGUCGCCUCAACUAAAGGCUUGUUUGGCCAGAUUUUCUGUGACUUUGGUAAGAACUUUGAAGUAGUGGACAACAAUGGUGAGAACCCAGUGUCUGCCAUGGUUGCUGGUAUAACAAAGGAGGAAAGUAGUGUUGUUACCUGCCUGGAUGAAUCCCGACACGGACUCGAGGAUGGAGAUUAUGUAACAUUCUCUGAAGUGCAAGGAAUGACGGAACUUAAUGGUUGCAAACCUCUCAAGAUAAAGGUAUUGGGACCAUUCACCUUUAGUGUUGGGGACACCACACAGUACUCUGACUACAUUCGUGGUGGCAUUGUCACCCAAGUGAAGAUGCCUCAAAAAGUGAACUUCAAGGCUAUGGAAGACUCCAUGAAUGAACCAGAAUUUAUUGUGACAGAUUUUGCCAAAUUUGAUCGACCUGGGACACUACACAUUGCUUUUCAGACUUUGCAUGCCUAUAUAAAGCAGAAGGGGAGAGCACCUAAGCCAUGGAAUGAAGAUGAUUCUGUAGCUUUCUUGAAUCUUUUCAAGGAUAUCAAUUCUGCCAGCCCUGCCAAGGUGGUUGAUUUUGAUGAAAAUCUGGUUGAGCAGUUUGCUAAGGUUUCGUCUGGUGGUUUUGCACCCAUUGAUGCUGUGAUUGGUGGAAUAGUGGCACAGGAAGUAAUGAAAGCAUGCUCAGGAAAAUUUAAUCCUAUUAAACAGUGGUUGUAUUUUGAUGCCCUUGAGUGUCUUCCAGAAGACAUAUCAGUUCUUAAUGAAACUGUUUGUUCCCCAUCUGGCAGCCGGUAUGAUACUCAAAUCGCCAUCUUUGGGCAGGAGUUUCAGAAGAUCUUAGGUAGCCAAAAGUACUUUGUGGUUGGUGCUGGUGCCAUUGGAUGUGAAUUAUUGAAGAACUUUGCUAUGUUGGGACUUGGUGCUGGUGAGGGAGGCAAGAUUGUUAUCACUGAUAUGGAUCUAAUUGAAAAAAGUAAUCUGAAUAGGCAAUUCCUUUUCCGUCCACGGGAUGUUCAGCAACCUAAAGCAGACAAAGCUGCUGCAGCAGUAAAGAACAUGAACCCUGCUGUAAACAUUAUUGCCCAUCAAAAUAGAGUGGGUCCGGAAACUGAAAGUGUGUAUGAUGAUAGUUUCUUUGAGCCUUUAGACGGUGUUGCAAAUGCCCUUGAUAAUGUGGAAGCUCGUCUGUACAUGGACAGACGUUGUGUGUACUACCGCAAACCUCUUCUAGAAUCUGGCACCUUGGGAACUAAAGGCAAUGUUCAAGUUGUAGUACCACAUCUGACAGAGUCCUAUGGUUCUUCACAAGACCCUCCAGAGAAGUCAAUUCCAAUUUGUACUUUAAAGAACUUCCCUAAUGCUAUUGAGCACACACUUCAGUGGGCUCGUGACAUGUUUGAGGGAGAGUUUCGGCAAGCAGCUGAAAAUGCUGCACAGUACCUUCAAGAUCCUAGGUUUAUGGAAAGAGCAUUGAAGCUACCAGGCUCUCAGCCCAUGGAGACACUUGACAGUGUUAAGCGUGCUUUAGUGGAUGAUCGACCACAAUCAUUUGAGGAUUGUGUACUUUGGGCCCGGAAACAUUUUGCUGAACAGUAUCACAAUCAGAUAGUACAACUUCUUCAUAACUUCCCUAAAGAACAAACAACAUCUAGUGGAGAACCAUUCUGGUCUGGUCCAAAGAGAUGCCCUCAUGCUCUUGCAUUUGAUGUUAAUAAUGAAUUGCAUCUAGAUUAUAUUGUUGCAGCUGCUAACUUGAAGGCAGUUGUAUAUGGCCUAACCCAAGUACGUGAUCGUCAGGCAAUUGCUGACAUGGUUAGUAAAAUUAAUAUUCCAGAGUUUGUUCCUAGAUCAGGUGUUAAAAUUGCUGUCACGGAUGCUGAGGCGGAGGCUCAGAGUAAUCAAGUAGACAGUGAGAGACUUUCUAAUCUUCAGGCAGCUAUUCCACCAUCUAGUAGUUUAGGUACUCUUAAGCUCUCUCCACUUGAAUUUGAAAAAGAUGAUGACACGAACUUCCACAUGGAUUUCAUUGUUGCUGCAUCUAACCUACGUGCAGAAAACUAUGAUAUUGCCCCUGCUGAUCGUCACAAGAGCAAGUUGAUUGCAGGCAAGAUUAUUCCUGCUAUUGCCACCACUACUGCACUGAUCUCUGGGCUUGUAUGUUUGGAGCUCAUCAAACUAGUUCAAGGUCACAAUAAACUAGAAAGAUUCAAGAAUGGCUUUGUUAAUUUAGCUCUGCCAUUCUUUGGUUUUUCUGAACCUAUUCCUGCUCCAACUAAUAAGUACUAUGACAAGGAGUGGACUUUAUGGGAUAGGUUUGAAGUUAAUGGUGAAAUGACUCUUGAAGAGUUCAUUAGAUUUUUUGAGGAUGAGCACCAGUUGGAGAUUACCAUGUUGAGUCAGGGGGUGUCAAUGCUCUACUCCUUCUUCAUGCCACCUGCCAAGAGAAAUGAGAGGAUGGCUCUGCCAAUGUCAGAAGUGGUUAAAAAAGUAAGCAAGAAGAAAAUAGAACCUCAUGUGAAAGCUUUGGUGUUGGAACUGUGUGCCAAUGACAAGGAUGGAGAAGAUGUAGAAGUUCCAUAUGUGAAGUACAAUUUACCUCAAUAAUCUUGUGUUCUUAGUGGAAGACCCAAGCAUUUUACUUCAGGCCUAUAGAAUGGGAGUUUCCCAUUAAAGUUCAACUCGGAGCCAGCCUCCAGGAUGUCAAACGUUGACGACUUAUACUGGUUUAAUAAUGAAGAGUGGGAGCUACCGUUAUCUCCAUUCUACAAGGCUAAUGUUUUCAGAAGGUUUAAAUUUAUUCGUUGUUAAUACCUGACUCAGUGUGAAUUAAAAUUGAAACUAAAACCUUCCUAGCAGAAGUUCUUUUACAAACAGUGAAGACGAUAACUGAAAAUUCAUUACAAAUGAAAUUUCUAUGAAAUUUCUUUGCAAUAGAAGUUUCUGUGAUCACAUAAAUGUAGAAAAGGAAUGACUGGUGUACCAUACGUCUUUAACAGUUGCCACUAUAGUGAGGUUAGCAGUGUGAGAGCACUUGCAUAGUUUAUGAAAAUGAAAGGGUUGAUACUGAGUAUCAUUAUAUUGUGCUAAUGAAAGUGAUUAUUUCAUGAACACAGAUCUGAAAUUAUAUACAUUUACUAAGCUUUGUUUCCAAAUCACUUUGUGUUAAUUUUUAUAGGUGUUUCAUGGUGAUAAUUUUUUUAUAUGUAAAUAAUACCUUUGUAGAAAACCCUUAAAAGGUCUAUGCACACCCCACUGAUAAUGGUAUUAAUUUGUAAAAUUCUUUAAAAUGGGUUUGCUAGCAUAGAGUUGUAUACAUUUACAAUCACCUAACACCUGAAUCUGUCGCAAAGCUGAAACAUUAGUGUUGACUGACAUUGUGUAAGUUUGUUACACUUCUUGGCCAGAAUUGAUGCUGAGAGGUCAGUGUAUCAUGCAAGAUGGCUUCAGAAAUGUGGGUGUAUGGGGUGAGGAACUGUGAUGCAGAGUUCCGAGUAGGUUGGCUAGCAUUGAGCAUCAAAGCAACUAAUGUUCAGUUACACACAUUAAAAAGCUUUGUGAAGCUUGUAAACUUUUUAAGGAUGCAGUUAUUUCUUAACUUUUGUAUGUGAAGUGAAAGCACUUGACAAAAUGUCUGUUGGAACAAUCUAAUGAACUGAACUAGUAUUUCCUUAUUUUGCAAAAUUCAUAAAGCAAGUGUUGCUUAAUUUUAAGUUUCAGCUCCACUUUACACCAGUGAUCAUACUAGUAAACUGUGAUUCUACUAAAGUUUUAUUUUGCUAUUCCUAUAAUAUACAUUUAAAAGUAUUCAUAAUUCUUCCGUUACUGAACUAAAUUAACCCACAAGAAUUUUUUUUUUUUCCUUAGGUCAUGGCAUUUCAAAAUUAACAGGGUGUCUGUAACGACUUCAGGGAAACAUUGUCUUGACAUUAGCAAUUAAAUUUUUAAGCUGA